UUAAAAUCCCUCUUUGCCCUCAUCCUGUCCUGUCCUGUCAGCAUUUGAUUAUGAUCAUUACUCAUGCACACACACACACACACCCCCACACGCACAGCAGGCAACCCCCACAACACACACACACACACACACUGAUGUUCCGUGACUCCUCAGGGUGUUGCACAGGAGGCACUGCUUUCAUUAUCUCUCUGUGUGCCGUAAUAGGACUCUGUGCAUUAAGGCGGGCGCUGCCACUUCAUGUGAACCCCCCUCAGCUGCUGCUGCUCCUGAACGCCACACGGAGACCAGGAAAAGUUAGGAGGGUCGGAACAACUCAGUUUUUCAGCGUCCAGAUUACCCAGUGUGCCGUUCAGUUAUACCCUGGGCCUGACCUCCAGUUGACCUUCAUGCUGGUGCAGCGGAGGCCAUGGAGCAGUACAACACAGACGACCACCACUACGAGCGCUCCCUGUUUCCCACCUCCACCCUCAUCCCUGUUACAGUCAUCUGCAUCCUCAUCUUCAUCAUCGGAGUGACCGGCAACACCAUGACCAUCCUCAUCAUCCAGCACUUCAAAGACAUGAAGACCACCACCAACCUGUACCUGUCCAGCAUGGCGGUGUCUGACCUUAUCAUCUUCCUCUGCCUGCCCUUUGACCUCUACCGGCUGUGGAAAUACGUGCCGUGGGUUUUCGGGGAGGCGGUGUGCCGCUUCUACCACUACAUCUUUGAGGGCUGCACCUCGGCCACCAUCCUCCACAUCACCGCGCUGAGCAUCGAGCGCUACCUGGCCAUCAGCUUCCCGCUCCGGAGCAAAGUCAUGGUGACCCGACGCCGGGUCCAGUACAUCAUCCUCGCCCUGUGGGGCUUCGCCCUGGUCUCCGCAGCCCCCACGCUCUUCCUGGUAGGGGUGGAGUACGAUAACGACACACACCCCGACUACGACAAGGGUCAGUGUAAGCACACCAGCUACGCCAUCAGCUCCGGACAGCUGCACAUCAUGCUGUGGGUGUCCACCACCUACUUCUUCUGCCCGAUGCUCUGCCUCGUCUUCCUCUACGGCUCCAUCGGCUGCAAGCUGUGGAAGAGCAAAAACGACAUGCAGGGGCCCUGCACACUGGCCCGGGAGAGGUCCCACAGACAAACAGUCAAGAUCCUGGUGGUGGUGGUGCUGGCCUUCAUCAUCUGCUGGCUGCCUUACCACAUAGGCAGAAACCUCUUCGCCCAGGUGGACGACUACGAGACGGCCAUGCUCAGCCAGAACUUCAACAUGGCCUCCAUGGUGCUCUGCUACCUCAGCGCCUCCAUCAACCCGGUCGUCUACAACCUCAUGUCCCGGAAGUACCGGGCCGCAGCCAAGCGCCUCUUCCUGCUGCACCAGCGGCCCCGGCAGGCCGGCCGCAGCCAGAGGCAGCUCUGUAUGAUCGAUCACAUCUCCACGCUGAAUGAAAGCCUCACCAGGGUCUGAUCUUCCCUACGGUUCAGGGUUCAAGAUCAAAAGAGGAUUCUCAGUGAGGAUGUGCAGAAAACGGAUGAGAGGGGAAACAGGGCUCUUCAAUGCAAAAAGUAAUAAUAAUCUGUUACUUCUUAAUGGCCUUCUGAUUACUAUAAUCGCCUAUAAUGUCAAAGUAUAGUUCUUGAGAUACCUGUAUGCAGUCAGCGUUCAGUAUUAUUUACAUCUGAUAUACAUCUGUAAAUUCAGCUCACUUAUCUCCGUUGUUUUUGGAUUACAUUAGAGUUGUAAGACUGGUUGUUAUUAGGAGGAAUGUAUGACUGUUUAUGUGUCAUUUAUACAUGUUGGUGUAUAGCUAGGUUUUCUGUAAUGUACAGCGAGUUAAUUGUGUUGGUAAAUUGUUCAUAUUUUGUCAGGCUACAACCACAAACUUGAAUGUAUUUUCAGGCUUUUAGGUUCAUUUUGCACCUUCACACUCAAGUUUCCUCUCAUUCUUCUUUGCAAGAUAGUUCAAGCUCAGUACAAUUCAUCAGACUGCGUCUGUGAACAUCAAUAUUUAUGUGUUCCUGUAGAUUCUUAGUGAGAUUUAACUAGGCCAUUGUAACAAGUGAAUAUGCCUUAAUGUAAGUCUCUGCAUUCUAGCUUUAAUUGCAUAUUUUGGAUUGUUUCACUGGAAAUCUCAAAUCUUUUACAGUAAUAAGAGGUUUAGUUCCAUCUCCACAUCAUGAUGCUGCCACUGCCACGUUAGCUCAUGAGUGUGGUCAUGUGCAGUGUUAGUUUUCAACCACACAAA